CCCAGACCCUGCAUUCACUAUAUCUGGUCUCCCACAGUACACAGAACAUGGAAAUGCAAUUAUUUUAGUAACUAUAAACUGCUGAAUAUCUUUUCUCAUCAGCAGUUAACGCAGUCUUUUGACUUCAGAAUACACUGGUUAAAGCUUGUAGGAGGAGUUUUCUUUCUGCUCUAGGAGGAUGUGAAACCCUUGACCCUCUGUCUGGGCAGUGCUGAUUGGGCCUGUGCUCAUCACAUGCACUCUCUCAAGACGAAAAAAAGAGAAAAAAAAACCUUUCUAGCAAUACACACCAAACUGAGCAUUUGCAUGACUCCACACGAUAUGUCUUAUCAGGAGAUAAGAAG